AUGCGCACGGGGAACCUUCUCCAAGAACCUGCCCUCGAUGCGAGUGGAGAAGCAAUCACGGCUUAUUCAAAAUAUAUGAGAUCCUUUGUUAUGAACUCAAUCAACCUCUUCUUAUCCCCUAAGAGUCGCGUGACUUGGUUUAGUAUUGAUCAUGUGAGUAGUGGACAUUUGAAGUUUAAUCCUCAUGAAGAGGACAGAGUUAUUCAGGUUUCCCAAGCAAGAGGUGCUUACUUUCAAGCUCAUUGUUUGGCGAAAGUAAACAACUCGUUAAAUGGGGACAAAGAGUUUUACCCAGAGAUGAAUUUUAUACGGCUUUGCACAAGAUGCUUCGUGAGCAAAUUGCAUGGGAGAGCAAUUUCAGUGACCAUUUCCUGUUACUCUUAUCAUUGUUGCUCUAAUGUAUGGAGAGCAUUUUGCGAGUUAUGGGGGCCUUUAUCCAACACUUUCCAUCAUGGAAAUGGUGAAAUGGGCAUUUCUUUGUAUGACUUGAAAGUUAUUGGUGGGUUACCAAUUUUGGGUCUCCAAUAUGAUGAGUGCAUCCCUCUAAACGAAGAAUUAUGCCGUGAAGAUUUGUAUCCUUUGAAUGUUGAACUUUUGAGAAUCCAUACACAGUUAUACAUUUUCCAUAAGAAAGGUCAAGUCUUUUGUAAUCAUUGGGUUGAGCAUUUUUUCCGAGGAGAAGCUGUAUAUGGUGCUACUGGAAAUGGCAAGAACAUAAUUGCUAAACAAGUAGCUGAGACUAGGAAACUUCCUUUGAACAUUUCUCAUGAAGGUUAG